UCGCUGAGAAAACUGUUUAUGUUUUUUGAAGAAAACAUUCUCUGACUUAGCUCCAAAAUAUUUAUCUUUGCAAAGGCGUUUUGUUUACUUGCCACGGAUUAGUUUGUUUACGAAUUGACCACAAUAACACGCAUUGUGCACGGAUUUACGUCACACGAAAAUAUUGUAAAGAAAAGGGAAACAGCUUUCCGUGAUUCGAUUGCCUCGGGAAAUGUGACAUCACGUGAUGAACAAGCAAAGUCUUAAAAACUCUUUAAUCUACGUUGUACAAAUCGUCCUUUUUCGCACGAGUUCCAGGAAUAUUCUGAUAUUCUAGCUUAUUGGAUUCGUUAAAUGAAACUUUGCGUUAUAAAUUGGAAUGAACUGGAUUUUUUUUCUAUUUAAUUAACCAGGAAGGAUAAACAUACUCUUGGAAGGUUAUCUGUAUACGUAGUACGAUUAAACUAUUCGUAAUAUCAGUUCAUGGACUCUUACGGAAUAAGCGGUUUACAAGUAAGAUAUUAAUUAUAAUUCUAUUGAAACGCCCACGAAGAGACACGUGCUAGUACCUGUCAAAACCAAAUGCGUCCAUGAAUUGUUACAUUUAAAAUCGAUAAUUGUGUACGAUCUUACCAUCAAGGACAAUUAAUUUAAAUAAUCACGAUAUAUUACGUCAUUCUAUUAUGAUUUAAGCUACUACUUAACCACUAGUCAAACAUUGUGUACAUCUAUAUACUGUACAUGUAUCGGUAGAAACUGAUCAGUUUUAGAGUAUGCCUACAGAUUGUAUAUAAAAACGAUCGAUUAUGAGCUAUCCGGGGCUGCCAAUCUCGGCUAUGUAAAAUCAGAGAUGACAUUUAAAUGAAACAUCAGACCCUAUCAGCUCACUGACAAACAUUGUAUUAAGCGUAGCUCUGAUUGAACAUUUUGAAAACAUGAAAAACCGUGUUGAAGAAUUUCAUUGGAGGUUCAAAAUAUCACGUGGUGUUAGUUGUCAGUUUCAAUAAAAAAACUUAUCAUGGGAGACAUAAUUCAGUGUAAGAAAUAUCGCACACCAGUUUGGAGUCAGUGUCAAGUUAGAGUUAAAACAGCGAUUGGGUUAGCUCUUAUAGUAGGAGUCACCGUAGUUCUAACGGGUUACUUUAGAUCGCGCGCGACCGCGUGCAGUAGCAAACACAAUGACUGCAAAAGCAUUGAAGCUUAUAAGGUUAUCGCUCGCUCAUUGAAGAGCGUUGAUACGGAGGAUAGUUCCGCGGAAACUAGUGCGUUGGAUUUAUUGAACCCCAAACAAGGUUUCCUGGAAUCCUUGUAUGUGAAUUCAACAGCGUCCGGAAAAGCUGUCCGGGACUCGUGGAAAUUUAAUUCCAGUUUCCCAUUGGACUCGUUGAAUUUAACUUGGAGUUCUAUACCGGAGGACAACACCAAUAUGCCGUGUCUAAAUUCCUCAAACGGUCCAAGAGAUGCCGACCUCAUCUACUGCGACAUGAUGUGGGACGAGUUGUCGUGCUGGCCGGCAACCCCUGGCGGUCAGUACUCCAUAAUAGCAUGUCCCUUAAUGCACCGCAUCGACGUAACAAAAAACGCUAGUAGGUUCUGUGACCCGAAUGGAAAUUGGGACGUAUUAGCCAACUAUAACAGCUGUAUAGCAGCAUUGUCUAACCCACCAGAAGACGACUGGACGUCUACGGAACUGGAUUCUGACUAUGCGAAACGAAUCAUCUACAACCUUGGUUUCACUAUGUCCACGCUCGCUCUUGCCAUUGCCCUAUUCAUCUUCCUGUACUUCAGGAGUCUACGUUGUCUGCGGAACAAGAUUCAUUGUCAGCUAAUAAUCACAUUCAUUUUACGGAACUUGCUUUGGAUCAUCAUGCAGCACACUCUCCUACAUAUUGUCUCCAGCGAACACAAGUGGGCAUGUAAGCUUGAGACAUCCAUCUUUAACUACGUUCAGAUGACGAAUUUCUUCUGGAUGCUGGUGGAGGGAAUGUACCUACAUAUUAUUAUUGUCUGGACCUACUCCGCCGACAAAAUCAAGCUCUGGUACUUCAUGGUGAUUGGCUGGGGUAUACCCGCCAUCAUUAUAAUUGUGUGGGUUUCGCUAAGAAUCCAUUUUCAACAAGAUAUAGACGAAACGUCGCAUUUACUAGCUUGCUGGAUGUCAACAACAAACGGCAACGCAACAUAUGUUGACCAGCUCGACUGGAUCUACAAUGGACCGAUACUCUUUGUUCUUGCUACAAACAUGAUAUUCCUCGCCACAAUCAUAUGGGUUUUGGUGACGAAACUACGAGCAUCUCAUAGCUUGGAAACACGCCAGUUACGGAAAGCUGUUAAAGCCACGCUGCUUUUAUUUCCGUUACUUGGAAUUAUAUAUGUUCUCUUCAUCUGGCCGCUGAGCGAUGCGCCUGCUGUAGUGGAAGCCCACGAGUUUAUCAACGCUGUGUUACAGUCAUUCCAAGGCUUCUUCGUAGCACUUUUCUACUGCUUCCUGAAUGGAGAGGUCAAAGCCGUGUUGAAGAAGAAGUUCAGUGUGUUCCAGGAUUCUCGUUCUCUUAGUGCUCGCUAUACCAAAUCCACAAUUGGGUGGGCCAAUGACACCAGUAUAGCUCCCAAAGAGGGUAUUGUGUUGACGAACGGACAUCUGUCUCCCUCAAACAACGGUGCCCGUCACGGAAGUCCUUGGAAUACUCCAACAAUUGAACACCAGCCUGAAGAGACGGAAAACAUGCUCUGAUGUUUUCUAAAGACUACGAGUGAAGUCCUUAACAAAUUAUCAUUAGAAAAUGACAUGCAACGUGGUCGUUCUAGAAAGAAUACUGCUGUGUUUUCUUGCAAGGAUAUAUGGACGUUAUCAUGUUGCAAGGAAACGCCAGGUUGGCGUAAGGAUCGUCACAUAUAAACUGUCCCUCCCUAAGACGUUCCGGAAUUCAUAUAUAACACGUUACACGGUACACCAUGCUAAAAUUGGGAACACGACAAUCAAUGUGAUACAUACGAUGCAGUGUAAAUCAUAAUAGAGAUACCAACGUUAUCCAAAGCUAGUUAAUAUCGCAUUAAUUAUUUACAAAACCACGUAAUAUAUAUAUAUAUA